AUGGUCAAAAAAAGAGGCAAGGAGGAGGAGCUCCUCUUGGUCUACGAGUAUAUGAAGAAUGGAACUCCCUACGACCAUCUCCACCUGAAGAACGGCGAAGAAUCCAGUGCGUUGAACUCAUGGAAGAUGAGGAUCACGGACCGGCUCAAUGUUGCGCGAGGAAUAGAGUUACUCUACAUAUUUGUCGCGCCACGGAUCAUCCACCGUGACAUCAGGUCCUUGAACUUUUUGCUAAACGCGAAUUGGGUCGCAUGUGUAUCGAGCUUCAGUUUCUCUGGGCUAGAGUCGAAGGGCGAAUUACGAGCACCAAGCACCGUCGGUUACAUGGACCUCAAAACUACAAUUUCAACUUCCAAAGCUACGUCCACGGCUUUGGCAUCGUGGUGCUCCAAGUCCUCACCUGUCGAUAGGCCGUGGAAUAUCACUACAGGAACCGAUCAACAUUGUCGAAUAUGUCGUGCCUUUCAUUGA